AUGCAUCACAAUUUCGAAGCAGUGGAAAAACCACCCCUAAGGGGUAGUCCAACUAUGCGAUUUCUACGUUCAAACGCUUUGACACUAGCGACAAUAGCGGGCGUAGUACUCGGAACAGCUUUAGGAUUUAUAUUGAGAGCUUCCAAAGAAAGUUGGUCAGCUAGAGAACGCAUGUACGUCGGAUUUAUCGGAGAGAUAUUUUUGUCGAUGCUAAAAUCGCUUAUUAUACCUUUAAUAAUAUCUUGUUUGGUUUCAGCCAUUUGCAGCUUGGACUUAUCUCUAUCCAGAAAAGUGGCUUUUAGAGCUAUAGCCUAUUAUCUCACAACAACAUUUGCCUCAGUAGUACUUGGUAUUAUUGUAGUAGUCACGAUUCAGCCAGGAGUAGGAAAAACUAUUGAAAGUACCGACGAAUCAACAACAACUUACAAUAGCAGAAACACAACAACCACUGAUACUUUACUGGAUCUUAUUAGAAACAUGUUCCCACCCAACUUGAUUGAAGCUACAAUGUAUCAACAUCGAACUAAACUAGUUGAAGUAAACAAUUCUGAUCCAGACGAUCUUUACACUUUCGCUAUUGGCAGCGAAGUUACUCAAACGACCAACAUUAUGGGUUUAGUGGUAGCCUCGGCGGCCAUUGGUAUAGCUUUGGGGCAAAUGGGCGACCAAACCAGAACCAUGUCGAACUUUUUCAACGAUUUAUUAGCUAUGAUGAUGAAGAUCACUUCUUGGGUGAUCACGCUGUCGCCUGUCGGCAUCAUGUUUUUGGUGUGCUCGGAAAUUUUGAAGAUUAAAAAUCUCGCUACGGUACUCAGUGGUUUAGGCUUGUACUUCAUGACAGUACUUGUAGGAUUGUUCAUUCAAGGCUUCAUAGUCCUGCCGAUUUUAUAUUUCGCUUUGACGAAAAGAAAUCCAUUCACUUACAUUAAGUGCCUAGGAACCGCCAUCGUUACAGCUUUUGGUACUGCUUCAAGUACUGCCACCCUUCCAAUUACGAUCCGAUGCUUGGAAGAAAAACUAGGAAUCGACCCCUAG